AUCACCGCGGAGGAGUCAGAGGAUGAGCCGCUGUCCAGAGAGGAGCGAGCGGACGGCCGGCUCAGUGAGCGGGAUGCAGCAGAAGGGAACAAUGAAGGGGCUGUGACUGAAGAGACUGAAGGCGAUAGGCAGAGAGAGGAGGAGGAGGAGGCGGCAGAACAACUGGACCAAACGCCUACGUUGAGUAACAAGCCACGAAAGAAAAAAAAGAAAAGGAAAACCAAGAAAACUUCAGCAGGGGAGGCUCUGGAAGACAAUGACCUGGAAGACAUUGACAGCCUGCUGGAGAAGAUUGAGGAUACCAAUGGGCUAUCACAGCAAACCCAGAGCGGAAUCAUCGCUGACAGCAGGCCGCUGCUCUAUGUAGAGCACAGAAACUUAAAUCCAGAGAACGAGUUGAAGAGAUACUUUGGGGCUCGCGCUGUUCUUGGUGAUCAGAGGCCAAGGCAGAGGCAGCGCCAGUACGUCCGCAGCACGUGGCUGACAGCUCCGAAGAACACCUGGCCGCGCUACAGCAAAACAGGUAUUACCAUGCAGCUGGUGGACACCAGGAGGGGAGUGCAGUACUUCACGUUCGAGCACCAUCGCGAGUACCAGCAUGUGCAGUUCAAGUUCCUGGAUGCUGUAGAGUCCAUGGACCCCAACAACAUCGUGCUCCUGCUUCAGAUGAACCCGUACCACGUGGACUCCCUUCUGCAGCUCAGCGACGUGUGCCGGAUGCAGGAGGAUCAGGAGAUGGCCCGCGAUCUCAUAGAGCGGGCGCUGUACAGCCUGGAGUGCGCCUUCCACCCCGUCUUCAGCCUCACCAGUGGGACCUGCAGGCUGGACUACUCCCGUUCCCCACGCAGGGCUUUCUUCCUGGCUCUCUUCAAACACCUGAUGUUCCUGGAGAAGAGAGGCUGCCCCCGGACAGCGCUGGAGUUCUGCAAGCUGAUUCUGAGCCUUGAUCCGGAGAACGACCCACUGUGUGUGCUGCUGCUGAUUGAUUUUCUGGCCCUCCGAGCUAGAGAAUACACCUUCCUGACCCGCAUGUUCCAGGAGUGGGAGAGUCACCGGAAUUUGUCCCAGCUGCCCAAUUUUGCCUUCUCGGUGCCGCUGGCCUAUUUCUUCCUGAGCCAGCAGGAGGAGGGCUCGGAGCUGGAACUAAGCCAGGCCCGGGAGAGAGCCGCCCGGCUCAUCCAGCUCGCGCUGAUCAUGUUCCCAAGCGUUCUCAUGCCGUUGUUGGAUCACUGCAGCGUGCAGCCCGACGCCAGGGUCGCGUCCCAUUCCUUUUUCGGGCUGAAUGCUCAGAUAAGCCAGCCUCCCGCCUUGAACCAGCUGACGUCCCUCUACGUGGGAAGGACUCACGCCCUGUGGAAGGACCCGGCCGUCAUGGCAUGGCUGGAGACCAACGUCCACGAGGUGUUGCGCGUGGUGGAUGCCCAGGACCCGCUGGUGCAGGAGUCUGAGCACAAGAGGAAGAUGCGGUACCAGAGCGCACCCCGGAAUAUCUACCGGCACGUCAUCCUCUCGGAGAUGAAGGAGGCCACAGCAGCUCUGCCUCUGGAGGUGACCUCACAGCCCGUGAUGGGGUUCGACCCCUUGCCUCCGUUGGACUCCAUCGUUUCCUACACCAGACCAGAAAGAACGAAUCACCCAUCCAACGAAAGC